CUCUUGAAUUAAUUUCUCGCACUAAUAAUAUAUUCCAUUUUUCUGUGAUAUCACCCAAUUGCUCUAAAGGCGGACGUUGUGCUCCAGCUACACUCAUUGAGUGUCCAUGUACGGUAGCUCCGUGUUUAUUUACCACCUGUCAUCCUGGAGAGAGCGAGAGCGAGCAAGAUUGUUAUUACGCUUCCCGGGAAUUACAUUGCUCAUAAUAUAUAUUUUUCUUUUUCCUGUGGGGACCGUGCAGAAAGCCAGUGAUUUGAAUGAACGCUGGCUAGCCCAGUGAGUGAGUAGCUAGUGAGUAACGGUCCUGACGCGGAGGAAGAGGUACGAUGUAGGCCACGUUGCUUUUUCACCAGCCAGGUGGCUGGUCUGCGUCUGACAUCGCGCAGUCCAAGUCUCACAGCGGCCGCGAGAGCAUCUUCCACAGCUUGCGUAACAGAAAAGCUGCUCGGACUAUAUUAUGCACGCAGCUCGCGCCGACUUCUAAAAUCAAUCGUUCUCAAGACCAGCGGCAGCUCAGAUUUUUUCUCAAUGAUGGCACCUCGAGUGAGCAUUUCGUCUGCCAGGUUGAUGCGGGGCGUGUUGACGCUGCUCUGCUUGGUUGCGUUCUGCUACUCAUUAGAGGAUGACUAUGACGAUUAUUAUAGCUACGGAAAGAAGGAGAGCAAGAAGCGUCCAUCCACUGCUCUCUUUGCCAGUGCGAAAGAGACGUCAAUGGGGAACUUUGUCCGCCUGGUGGCUAUGCGUCUAGUCUUCAGUCUUGCAUACAUGGUGGGCCUUGGUGACUGGGCCUCGGGCAUCUUCAACGGUGCCCUCGCUCCCCCAGGCUCUGACUAUGAUGAUUAUGGAGACUACCGGGACGACGGCAAUGACGACGAUGACUAUGGAGGAGCAUUUGAUUUCUAGUAACGUGUCACCGAAAACCAACAGUUUUUUUACAGUGAACCGCGUGUGCCCUACACCGCUGAAUACAUAUAGUGUGCAAAAAUGACUCUUUGCUGUUACCAAAACGAAUAUUCAUAUUAAUUUAUUUAUUGCCUCUGUGCUUCUCACUAGUUAUUUAUCUCUUCAUUUUAAUUUAUUCUCUUAAGUCCCAAGAAAAUAGUGAUUACAGUCUUAAUUGAAACAAAUACGCCAAUGAUAUGUGACCAUAGCAACUAUUUAAAUAGAAAAAGUUAAUUAAUAAUGUUUUUGCUAAAAGGAACUCAAUUUAAAUAAAUGACAUUAUAAAUGAG